UCUCCAAGAGGCAUCACCGCAAGAGCAACAAGUUUUCCCCAAUUCGCCAUGGCCUCCGCACCGACACCGCCGCCGCUCCUCCCGGUCAUCAACCCCGCGACUGCCGGCUCGUCCCCGGCCACCGCCGGCGGAGGGAGCGGAUCCGACGCGCCGAUCGCCACGCCGGCCUUCCGGCUCUUCCUGAGCAGGCUCUCCGAGUCGGCGCGGCGCUCGCUGUCCGACCGGCGGCCGUGGGGGGAGCUGCUGGACCGUUCGGCGUUCUCGAAGCCGGACUCCCUCUCCGACGCCACCUCCCGCCUGCGCCGCAACCUCGCCUACUUCCGCGUCAACUACGCCGCCGUGGUGGCCUUCGCGCUCGGGGCGUCGCUCCUGGCGCACCCCUUCUCGCUCCUCAUCCUCCUGGGUCUCCUCGCCGCCUGGUGCUUCCUCUACCUCUUCCGCGCCUCCGACCAGCCCGUCGUGCUAUUCGGCCGCACCUUCUCCGACCGCGAGGCCCUGCUGGGCCUCGUCGGCGCGUCGUUCGUCCUGCUCUUCUUCACGUCCGUCGCGUCGCUCAUCAUCUCCGGGCUGCUCGUGGGCGGGGCCGCCGUUGCGGCGCACGGCGCGUUCCGCGUGCCCGAGGACCUCUUCCUCGACGAACCCAACGCGGCUCCCGGCAACAGCGCUACCCAAGGGCUGCUAUCCUUCCUCGGGGCACCCGGAUCUGGGGUUUGAGGCAGCGGGCGGCAAGAUCUGGUAGGGUUCUUCGGUUCGAGAAGUUCCUUUUAAGCUGGAAAUUGUGAGGGUCUAGUCUUGUAGCGGUAGCCUAUUGCUUCCCCUGUUCCCCCUUGUGACCUACAGAUCUACUGGCUUCGUGUUGGUUUCGAUUGAUGCGCCGACAUUUGCAAAGUUCAGUAGAAUUAUCUCGCAGAGUUUUACGCUAUGGUGGGUUUAGUGCUAAGUACUCAAGUAAUUUGGAUCUGUGAGUUCGAAUUAUCAAUAUAGAUAAUGCGUUCUUUGUAGUAUCGAGACAGUAAUAUGCUUCACUUGUUCUUUGAUUUCCUUGUGACA